ACCGUUAGUCGGCGGUGGCCACAGCUGAUUUCACAUGUGCCUCUGAUCGCGUCGUACGCUCGCUCCGCGCGCCAUGCCGGCAAAACAUUAAAAACAUAAACGUGUAACAAAAUUAUAUAAAAAAAGUUGAACGUAAUUGGAAAAUUGUGAUUUUGUGUAAUUUGAAAGACGGUUCUGUUCGCGGGUUUUGAUUUACGAACUACGUUACGAACUGUGUUACGGCUUUUUUGCAUUGGCGGAAAUGUCAAUGUAAGCCGCGAUGCGCAGCGACAUGGCGUACCGCGGGCUCUCGCAGCACGUGGAGCUGGACCGCGCGGCCGACCCGCGCGACCGCUUCACGCUGCAGGAGCUCAUCGGCGAGGGAACCUACGGCGAGGUCUACUGCGCUCGCGACAAGAAGAGCGGGAGGCGAGUUGCCGUUAAGAUCUUGGAGAACAUCACUGAAAACAUCGAAGAGAUCGAGGAGGAAUUCCUAGUGUUUCGGGAUUUGUCCAGCCAUCCAAACAUUCCAGAAUUCUUCGGGCUGUUCUUGAAGCGCGGAGUCUGCUCUGAUGAUGACCAGAUAUGGUUCGUCAUGGAGCUCUGUACCGGAGGUUCAGUGACAGAUCUAUGCGCUGGUAUCCGCGAACACGGGAGUAACCUCACGGAGCCUCAACUGGCCUACGUCCUGCGAGGGACAGUCCGCGCUCUCACCCACCUACACGCUCACCGCUGCAUGCACCGGGACGUCAAGGGCCAUAAUAUUCUACUCACUGAGAACGGCGAAGUCAAACUCGUCGAUUUUGGAGUUUCCUCACAUUUAGCUGCUACUGCUGCACGGAGAAAUACUUCAGUAGGCACACCUUAUUGGAUGGCCCCAGAGGUCAUAGCAUGUGAACAGCAGCUGGAUCAUUCGUACGAUUGCAGAUGCGACGUUUGGUCAGUCGGCAUUACCGCUAUCGAACUAGCCGAAGGCGAACCUCCCUUAUCCGGACUUCAUCCAAUGAGGGCAUUGUUCCAAAUACCACGGAAUCCACCUCCUACGUUAGCGCAUCCUGAGCUAUUCUCAUCACAAUUAGCAGAUCUCAUUGCCGAGUGUUUGGUCAAAGAUAUGAACCAAAGACCAUUCGCGAGGGAACUUCUAGAGCAUCCUCUGUUAUUAGCUGUUAGUAGUUUUGAAGAAAAGAUUCGCAAAGAACUUCAAGCAGAAAUAAAACGCCAACGAGCUGAAGGCCGAAGCUGUCGAGCCCCCGAUGUAACUACAAAAAGAGGAAAACUAAAGUCACACAGAAAAUCACGUCCAGAAAAAAUGUAUACUGAUGAUCUAGCAACAUUAGAAGUACUAACAGAAGAUGCCAUCGUAGAGCAACUACAGAAAAGAUAUAACCAAAAUCAAAUAUAUACUUACAUUGGAGAUAUACUUGUGGCGGUCAAUCCUUUCACUGACAUAGGUAUUUACACUACCAAGAGUCAGCAAAUUUACCAAAGCCGUUGCCGCUCGGACAAUCCUCCCCACAUCUACGCUGUAGCAGAUGCAGCACACCAAGCUCUCAUGCACCAAAAACAGCACCAAGCUAUUGUUAUCUCAGGGGAGAGUGGCGCCGGCAAGACUGAGUCGGCCAACCUCUUGUUGAAACAGCUGGUGUUUCUCUCAAAGACACAAAGUGGUAACGUAGAAGAUAAAAUCCUGCAAGUAAACCCCAUCAUGGAGGCGUUUGGAAACGCUCGAACAGGCAUUAACGCCAACAGCUCGCGGUUCGGCAAAUAUUUGGAUUUGUCUCUCAUGAGAGUGGGGAGGAUAUCUGGGGCACGGAUUUCUGUUUAUCUUUUAGAACAAUCGAGAGUUGUUCACCAAGCGUUAGGCGAAAGCAAUUUUCACAUAUUUUACUAUCUAUAUGAUGGUUUGGAAAGUGAAGGGCGUUGGAGGAAAUUCUACCUUGACGAGCAACUCAAAUCUAGGCAUCGAUACCUUCAACCACUUUCUGUUGCUCAUCGUGAACAUAAUGUUCACCGCUGGCGACAAUUAAAUCAAGCGUUUAAGGUGGUCGGAUUUCAAGAGGAGGAGGUACAAAUAAUUUACAAAAUGCUAUCAGCAAUAUUACAUCUCGGCGAUAUAGAAUUUGGGGAGACCGCGGGGGAAGAUAACACCGAUAACAAAGCUACGAUAAUAGACACGGCACCUUUACAUAGAGCAUCAUGUCUAUUAGGCGUCGAGACAGGAGACCUCCGCGAGUGUCUGACUAGCAGCAGUGUGGUGGCCCGAGGGGAGACCAUAGCGCGACACUGCUCGCCCACCGAAGCGGCCGUGGCUCGGGACGCCACCGGCCGCGGCCUGUAUGCGCGUGCCUUCGACAGAAUAGUCGAGAGGAUCAACGCUUUGCUGUGUCAAAAUAGACCGUAUGGCGUUGAACAACUAUCCAUUGGAAUAUUAGAUAUCUUCGGAUUUGAAAACUUUAAUAGAAAUUCGUUUGAACAACUAUGCAUCAACAUUGCAAAUGAACAAAUACAGUACUAUUUCAAUCAACAUAUAUUUACUUGGGAGCAGCAAGAGUAUAUGGCAGAGGGUGUCCCCGUCGAUCUUGUAGAGUUCUCCGACAACAGACCCGUCUUAGACAUGUUGUUGUCAAGACCUAUGGGUCUGUUAGCUCUGCUUGAUGAAGAGAGCCGUUUCCCAAGGUCUACUGAUAGAAGCCUUAUUGAAAAAUUCCAUAAUAAUCUAAAGAGCAAAUACUACGUCCGACCAAAAUCAGACGCUAUAUGCUUUGCCAUUCACCACUUCGCCGGUCGCGUAGUUUAUCAAGCCGAUGGGUUCCUGGAGAAAAACCGCAAUUUCUUGCCCCCGGAAGUAGUUCAAUUGAUGCGACAAAGCCAAUACGACAUCAUUAGGUUCCUUUUCCAGUGUCCAAUUACAAAGACUGGCAAUUUAUAUUCCCCUCUGCAAGGAGAUAUGGACGCUAAUAGAAGUUUAGAUAGUUCAUGUGAUACUAGGCAGGACCGCUUCAACAGCCGUGGGCUUGCUUCACAAUCUCGCGCUCAGCAAACAGUGUCCACCUAUUUCCGAUAUUCUCUAAUGGAACUACUCCAGAAAAUGGUCAGUGGCUCGCCCCAAUUCGUGAGAUGCCUGAAACCAAACGAUUCGCGGUCACCAAAACAUUUUGAUUCUACGAAAAUUUUAAAGCAGCUUAGGUAUACGGGCGUUCUAGAAACUAUUAGAAUAAGACAAAAUGGGUUCUCCCAUCGAUUAACGUUUGAAGAAUUUUUGAAGAGGUACAGUUUUUUAGCAUUCAACUAUAACGAAGAAGUAAAACCGAACCGAGAUACGUGCCGUCUUUUGCUUUUAAGGCUAAAGAUGGACGGCUGGGCGCUAGGCAAAUCAAAAGUCUUCUUGAAGUAUUAUCACGUUGAAGUACUCGCCCGAAUCUAUGAGGAACAGAUUCGGAAAGUAGUAUUAAUACAAGCGUGUGGUCGAGGAUGGCUCGCUCGACGGUACUUCCUACGGCUGAAGGCCCAGAUGGCUAUAUCUGUACUCACGCUGCAAAAACACGUGAGAGGCUGGCUCACCAGGAAACGACUCCAAGAACGACAGAGACAGCUAGCUAGGGAGUUCCAGAGGGAACAGAUGGAACAGGACAGUCGAAAACAUAAAUCCGGUGCUGCAUUAAUUAAAAACAAGGCCAUGAUGAAAGCGAAGAUUUUAAGGAAGAUGACGUCAAACGAUAGCGACAACAACGACACCAAUUCCGGCAGCAAUAAAGAAAACGUCGAUUCAAAUAAAGCUGCAGUUGUUAUCCAGAGUCAUUUCCGGGGUUACACCGCACGGCGCAAAUGGGCGAAGGGCCGAGCGCCGCCGCCGCCUCAACACCCAGCACCCUCACCGCAGCAGCUCAUGCAGCAGUACUCUGUGCAGGAGCGGGCCAGCCAGCUGCAGUCCUUCGCGGACCAGGUGCACGACAAAAACCAAGAGGUCCACAAGAACCUGCGUCGCAACAAGCCUGGCGUACGUCUGUCGCAAGUCUCGCGGCCGCCCGCCGAGUACCGUCCGCCCCCCGGCUUCACGCUCGUGCCGGCCAUCGUGCGUGGUCAAGUGACGCAACUCGAGCAGGACGCCAGCCGCCUCUCCAGUCCCUCGCCAGAAUUCCUAGAGAGCAUUGCAAGGCCCUGGGAUGAACCCUUUAUUAAUAAAGAAUAUGAGAUCAGGCCAUCAAGGGCCAACAGGAGCAAUCACCAGCCGGUCGAGCAGUGCGGCGAGCACCGGCACCACCUAGUUAACCAAAACUGGCAGAACCUGCCCUGCAGCCGUCAGUGCGGCGGCCUCGUCAGUAACAAGAUAAUCGAGCUAGUUAAGCAGUCACACAAGGCAGACCCUCCUCCGCGGCCAGUCUACAAUCCAACACACGACCCAGAGUCAGACUUCCGAAAGAUUCUUCGCAACUCGCCAGAAAUCCUUGCCACACCUAUCUUCAGCUCUGACGAUGACUACACAGAAGGCCCGUUCAGGUUCAAACAGCUACUCCGGCCAACGCUAGGACCAACGGAAAGUUUAAGGAAACGAAAGGUUAGAAAUUCGCCCGGACAAAGUCCAUGGAUGUCAGACAGUUCUCAAGAUAGUACCGGAUCUAAGCAGGCGCUGUACAACAAGCGCAGGCCGCAGAUCAGUAUGGGCGUUUAUUAUAACUAGCCGAAACUGUGUCUCUCGUAACGAUUCAAAACUUUGCUGUGGUCAACGCUAGGUUUAACGGAUUCGAACGACUCCAGAGACUAGACAAACAUCGUGGAUGUUGCAAAGUUUCCUGGACAGAACUGACUAUAAGCAGGCUCAACAAGCGCAAGGCGCGAAAAGUCCGUCUAAGCUAACGCCCGACUUGAACAAAACAAAGUGAAGUGGUGUCAUUACCUUUUUUUAUUAGCCUAUGUGUGUGUCCCACUGCUGGGCAAAGACCUCCUCUCUCCCUGUCCAAUCCUCCCUGUGCUGAGCAAGAUCCCGCCAAUCCCGCUGGAACGUAUCCAAAUCGUCCCGCCAUCUCUUUCUCGGUCUGCCUCUGCCACGACUACACUGGGGAUGCCAGCUAGUGGCUAUUUUGCCCCAUCUGUCAUCAUGCAUCCGGCAGACAUGUCCAGCCCAGUCCCACUUUAGCCUGGCGAUCUCCACCCCAACAUCGACGACUCGGGUUUUGGAGCGAAGCUCUGUGUUCCUCACCCUGUCAGAUUAGCAUGUGUGUCAUUAUAAACGACAUAAUUCAUUUCAUAGAAAUUUGAGAUUAAUGAUGACAUUCGCACAAUUUGUCAUUGCAAAUUACAUGCAGAUGUACCUUAGUCUUGGUUUUUAGUCCAGUUGUAGUCAACUGAACUGAAACGGUAGAACGAUAGAAACGGUAGUCCGUUUCUUUUUGUGUAACAGAUGGACACUACAAAACAUGCCUUUUAUUAAUGACCCUAUAUUAUCCUUUUGAAUUUAAUAAUUAGUUGGUAUAUAUCACAUUUUGCCAUGAGUAGUUUAUAAAUGAUUAUCUUGGCUUAUAUUCUAAUAACAGUUAUGAAUACCGUCCUAGAUUUUACAAGAAUGCGCAUACCGCAUUCAGAUACAUCUUAAGAUAGUGCAGUAUAUCGUGCUUUACCUGUAUGUUAUAUUCGUAUUUGAUUUGUAUCUUACAGUUAUUGUAUUGUUACAGAUUCCGUUCUAAUCGGCUUAUUUUAAUUUUUUAUUAAGUAAAUACAUAAAUAUUAAGUUACACCUUUAGUUGAGAAUUCGUAUGUAAUAUGUUCUCGUACCACCAAUAAAAUGAUUCUAUUAGAUUUAAUAUAUUUACUAAUAAUGUUUCCAAACAUAUUUUAUAAUACCAUUUACCAAAGUUUAACUCCUAAAUAAUAUAGGUAACUUCUGCAUAACUUUAAAUGUAAAAAUUUACUACUUAUCCCUAUCUUAGAGUAUUGCAUGUGUGCUACAAUUUAUGUUAUUUUUAUUCGUUGCAUUUUCUGUAAGUACGAGUCUUGUAGUAAAAUUAUGUAAGGUGUAUUCUUCAUUCUUACUUAUCCUAUUAUGUAAACAAACGCUCUUCGAAGACAUUUAUUACACUUUUCUCUGGAAUUACACAAUAAUCACAACUUAAAAUGUUGUUGAAAUCAUCCAAUCACUACAUUUCCGCUGUCUGUAGAUAUGUAUGCUUAGAUCUUUAAGACUACGCAACGAAUUUUGAUGCGGUUUUUUUAAAUAGAUUAAGAGGAAGGUUUAUAUGUAUAAUUUGUAAAGGUUUUGUGUAAAUUAGUUGAACUACCCGUGCGAAGCCGGGGCGGGGCGCUAGUAACCACUAAAAAUAUAUUUUCUAAUAAGAUUUUUCAUCAAUAACCGCAGUAACAUUACGAUGUCUAGAUUGUCUAUGAAUGGUAUUGUUGGAAUGACACAUUUUCGUCACGUUUGUUUACAUGAUAAGUCACGUAAGGAUGAAUACACUAAUAUUAUAUAAAUUUCACGGUUUUCAUCAGUAUUAUUAUGUUAUGUUUUAUAUACAUAUUAUUAUAUUACCUAUAUUAACGACAACUGAACUAAGAGACAUGCAAAAUAUGAUAAUAAGGUGUAUUUGGGUAAUUCCAACUAUUUCAAUAUUUCGGCUAAUUCCAAAAAUCAUCCACAAUUCCAUUUUAUUAGUCAUUUAUUAAUUCCAUUUUUUUAUUUUUGGAAUUACUCGACAUUCUGAAAUUUUCGGAACUGCUCGGAUACACCACAUUAAUGUUCUCGCCCCGAAUAGGGUUGUUUUACUUCGUAUAUCGCUUAGUUUAUUUGUCUGUGAUAGUAUCUACAAAAAUGUUAAGUUAUUAAUGUUUAGUUAUUGUAAUUAGAUCUCACAGGAGAACACAAUUGCAUAGAUAAUAUUGUUAUUUACUUUAUUAAUUAAUUGCCAUUUCAUACAUUGUAGAGCAAGGAAGAAAUAAACAUAUAUCAUUGACAACCUUUGUGAUAAUGUGCCAAUGAUUACUCGUAAGUUUUAGUUGUUUGAAUGGAAUGAAUUGAAAAUAAAUAUGUAUUGUUGAUACAAAUAUUGUUUUACUGCUCGA